CGCCGCUUAGUUGGUGUACUGUAGGUGAUCUGGUUGUGUUCACUGUUGAGUUUCCCCAUGAUGAAGGAGCUGCAGACUUUAGUGUUUUGGAGGACUGUCCUUGCAGAGCUAAUUGGGACAACCAUGUUUGUUUUCUGUGGUAUUUCUGCAGUAAUUGGGAAUGGAAACAACAGUUACCCAGACCAGGAAGUAAAGGUAGCAUUAGCAUUUGGGCUAGCCAUUGCCAUUUUGGCUCAGAGUUUGUGCCAUGUAAGUGGAGCCCACCUGAAUCCAGCUGUCACACUUGCCAUGUUGGUUAGCUGCCAGAUUAGCAUGUGCAGGGCUUUGUGGUACAUCAUGGCCCAAAUGAUUGGGGCUGUGAUUGCUAGUGGAAUUGUUCUGGGAUUAAGACCAUCUGUGGUGGAUUCACUUGGGCUAAACAAGCUGAAUGGUGUCAGCCUGGGACAAGGCUUUGGAAUUGAGUUUCUCCUCACACUCCAGUUGGUGCUGUGCUUCCUAGCAACAACCGAUAAAAGGAGGGAAAACAUCACCGUUUCAGCUCCGUUUGCACUUGGGCUCUCUGUGGUUGUGGGUCACCUUGCAGGAUUCAGUUAUACUGGAUGUGGAAUGAACCCUGCUCGAUCUUUUGGUCCAGCUCUGGUGUCCGUGGAGUUUGAACACCACUGGGUGUUUUGGGCAGGACCACUGUGUGGCGGUAUUGUAGCUGCACUUCUCUACGACUUUGUCCUGUUUCCUAGAGGUCCCGACCCUAUUGGCAGGUUCAAGGUUUUGUGCCAUGGUGUUGAGGCUGCAGCUGCAGAGCUUGAGCCCCUGCUUGGUGCAGCGGGUGGUGCAGAGGGUGAUGCUCCUGUAACUGAGGAUGCAAAACCAUCCACCACCCACCCGUGGUUUAUAAGCGUCUGCUUAGCUAGCAGUGUGUCAGUAACGGACAGAAAACUCAUCAUGGUUAAGGAGCUCAGGUCUGGCGCCCUUUGGCGAGCCGUGAUCGCAGAGUUUGUCGGAAUGACGCUUUUCGUUUUUAUGGGUAUAGCAUCUGCCAUUGGGACUUCAGAGGACGGCAGCGGUCCAGAACAGGAAGUAAAGGUAGCGUUAGCGUUUGGGCUGGCCAUCGCCACGCUGGCUCAGAGUCUGGGCCACAUCAGCGGAGCGCAUCUUAACCCGGCCAUCACUGUCGGCCUGCUGUUCAGCUGCCAGAUCAGUAUUAUCCGUGCAGUUUUAUACAUUUUAGCCCAGAUGUUGGGAGCGGUCCUGGCUAGCGGCAUCGUUUACGGUAUUCGUCCUAAAGAUGUCAAAGUUCUGGGGCUCAACGAGAUUGCUGAAAAUAUGACACAGGGUAAGGCUUUCGGCGUGGAGUUCCUGGUCACCUUCCAGCUGGUGCUGUGUGUCUUAGCCACAACGGACAGCCGCCGGAACGACGUGAAGGGAUCGGCACCGCUCGCCAUCGGACUUUCUGUGGGUUUGGGACACUUGGUGGCGAUCAGCUACACUGGCUGCGGCAUCAAUCCUGCUCGCUCCUUCGGACCUGCUGUCAUUAUGAAGUCCUUUAAGAAACACUGGGUGUAUUGGGUGGCGCCGAUGUUGGCUGGAGUAGCAGCUGCUCUCCUCUAUGAUUUUGUGCUGCAGCCUCACUCAGACCCCUAUACUAAACGCCUCCGAACCAUCAGAGGCGGGCCGGAGUCAGAAACGGCGGCGUUGAUCGAGCCGUCAGGCAGCGGGGAGUCGCAGUGGCCCAGACACUAAACACUCCAACGUAAUUACGUGAACACCUCAGAGAAUUCACCAUUUCUGCCAACAUGUUGUACUGUAUGUGUCUAAAGUCGGGUCUAAAACUCGGAGACGUUUUACCUGUGUACGUGUGUGUGUGACCUGUGUGACGUUUUACCUGUGUACGUGUGUGUGUGACCUGUGAGACGUUUUACCUGUGUACGUGUGUGUGUGACCUGUGAGACGUUUUACCUGUGUACGUGUGUGUGUGACCUGUGUGACGUUUUACCUGUGUACGUGUGUGUGUGACCUGUGUGACGUUUUACCUGUGUACGUGUGUGUGUGACCUGUGAGACGUUUUACCUGUGUACGUGUGUGUGUGACCUGUGAGACGUUUUACCUGUGUACGUGUGUGUGUGACCUGUGUGACGUUUUACCUGUGUACGUGUGUGUGUGACCUGUGAGACGUUUUACCUGUGUACGUGUGUGUGUGACCUGUGUGACGUUUUACCUGUGUACGUGUGUGUGUGACCUGUGUGACGUUUUACCUGUGUACGUGUGUGUGUGACCUGUGUGACGUUUUACCUGUGUACGUGUGUGUGUGACCUGUGAGACGUUUUACCUGUGUACGUGUGUGUGUGACCUGUGUGACGUUUUACGUGUCAAAUCUGGAUUUCCUCAUUUGAGGCACCAUUCAAUUUUAAGUUUUCAUAAAUCACUGAAAACUUUAAUAAACAGCCCCGACUUCACUUCCACUUCACCUCAGUGAAGUAGUUCAUGCACUCCACAAGUCACAUGUUCAGCAGGAAGCUGCGUCAUAUGAAUUUCCUGAAGAUCUCAGGAAGGAGAAAAAAUAAGAAAGGUUCUCACUGAAUUUAUUUUUCUUUGUUUUCUCUUUAUUUGUAUGAUGUUGACUGACAAGUACAGCCCUGUUACACAAAUUAUAGACUCACGUCGAUUAUUAAUGUAAACAAAAAAUACAGUUUAGGUAAAUCGUUAGAAUGUCUUUUACGUCCUCGUGCCAUUAGUAUGGAUGUUAUAUGUUUGCUGAUUCAGUGGAGAAAAAAUACUCAACCAUUUUGUGCAUUUCUGAGCAAAAUUCAGCAAAUAAAAAAAAUUAUAUUGUCGUAUUUUUUUUCGUUGCAUUUUUUUUUUUGUUGGAUUAAAUGUUGCACUUUUUGUACUUUUUUUCAUAAAUUUUUGCAUUUUUUUAAUGAAUUUUUUAAGAGUUACGUGUGGCCUGAAUGGCUGAAUGGCCCCACAAUCAUGGAAUCCCCCCUUUAUUAUACACAGAUUUUACUAAUUUUUUUUCUUUUUCUUUUUUAAUAAAGUAAAAGUCUUGGACUGUUAAAGCUACUCCUAAGAGAAAGAGAGAAACAAUUUUUUUGCUUGUUAAAAAAAGGAGAGAAAAGAAAAAAAGUUGGAAAAUGCACAAAAAGAUGAAAUUGAAUAAUAAGGGGAAAAAAAGAAAAGCAGAGAAAAUAGAACAAUAAAGCUGUGCGCAUGCAUUUACUCAUAAAAACAAGUUUCCAAAAAUUUCUUUUUUUUAAAAAAUGAAAGAAAAAAAAUUCUUGACAGUGUUUUUUAAUUUUUUUUUUAUUUUAGGCCCGGCUUUAAAAGCUUGUGUAUGUGUGACCUUCAUUAAACAUGACUUUUCUUUA